AUGGCGGGCACCGAUAGCAUGGCUCCGCGCAUACAAGGUGUUGUCUGGGUUAUCACGGCAAUGGCACUAAUAACCGCCAACGUGAGGUUUUACAUCAAGUGGAAAUACCGUGGGAAAUUAUGGUACGACGACUAUAUCCUGGUCGCUGCGGUGAUAUUCCUCCUAGCAAACGUAGGCCUGUUCCAGAAAACCGUUUCCUUAGGAUAUGGCAACCACUUUGCAGAUAUAAUUGACGACAACCCGCUGAAUAUCCGCACUAUCGUCAUGUACCUGCAAAUUCUAUCGGCCCUUAUACGUCUCUCGACCACAUCCGCACGAAUUAGCUUUGCAACUACAUUGCUUCAGUUGGUGAAUUACUACGAGAAACGAUUUGUCUGGUUUUCAAUAAUCACGCUGGCGGCCGUGGCGAUGCCGGCAGUCAUUUUUCCUUUCGUGUCGUGCAUUCCAUAUGAGAAGAUUUUCGAUCCUUCUAUCCCUGGCACGUGCACAGGUGAUGCCGUGAGCCUUGGAUAUUUCAUCUUCGAAGCAGCAUAUACCUCCUUCAUCGACUUCGCAUUAGUAGUGCUCCCUUGGCGAGUUUUGUCACGGAUACAGCUGCGACGUGUUGAGAAACUGGGCGCAAGUCUGGCUAUGAGCCUCGGUAUCCUGUCGGGCGUGGUCACAAUAGUGAAGGCUACCUACACCGAGCAGAUAAGAGAUGAUGAUUUCACUUAUUCUAGCGCGGAUCUCACGAUAUGGAAUGUAGUCGAACCAGCAUCCAUCAUCAUGGCCGCGUCCAUCCCCAACUUGCGCGUCUUCGUUCUUAAAAACUCGCGGCAUCUAAAACCCGGCCUUAAAAUAGGAUCGAGUAGCGGAUUAGACAUCAGGGGGCGAUCACGAAAAACGGACGAACUCUCUUUGGAGAAUGUACACAAUGCCAUGGGAAUGAUAUCAGCAGGAACUGAUAGAAGACGAGGGGAUGGAAGAACAUGGGUAACGUCGCGGGAUGGUGACAGCGCGAAGAGCAAUUAUUAUGCGAGUAGGGCGCUUCCGAGAUUGGCCAUCAUGCAGACGAGCACAUUUGCCGUCGAAUAUCUAGAAGAGCCCAGCCCGACAUUAUCGCCUCUCAAAGAUAGAUAG